UUUCGCACUUCUCCCUCGGUCGCAAUCCUGCCCCUACCUUCACCCCCAUCUUCACUAAUUCACCACCGUGCUCCCUCCCCACAUCCGCCACUUUGUCGCCCUCGGCGUUUCCGCCGCGCUCGUGGAGGAAUUUGGGAAUUGAGGAUCCUCUGUUUCGUUGUUUUAGAAGACGACGCGGAGGCCGGGUUUUUCUUUUUGGGGCAAUGGAGGUGGAUGAGUCCUCGCCGUCGUCGCAGCUGUCCUCGCCCUCAUCUCUUUCCUCUGACUCCAUUGACCUCAACUUCCUGCCGUUCCUGAGGAGGGAGCCCAAGUCGGAGCCGGCUUCCCCUGAGCAUGGCCCUCUGCCGCCACCGCUGCCGCUGCCGCCGCAGGCCACGGCUGCUGUUGCGGCGGCGUUCGCGGCACCGACAACGCCUGACCUGUCUUCGCCUGAGGUCCUGCCGCCUCUGCAGUUGCUGCCACCAAACCCCGACGAGGACGCGCUCUUCGCGGAGUACUGCCGAUUGGCGAGCCUCUACCUGUUAUCAGCGGGGGCCGGGGCGAUCAUGCCAGCGCCGACGUCUGAGGCCACGGCGCCGGCGGCAGUGCAGCCUGGGUCGGGGUCCGCGGCGAAGAAGCGCCGGCCGCGGUCGUCAGAGUUGGUACGGGUGUCCUCACUUAGCGUGCGGGAUCAGAUCUAUUUUCGUGAUUUGGUGCGCCGGGCGCGCAUCACCUUCGAGUCGCUCCGCGGCCUGCUGCUGAAGGACGACGAGCGCGCGGAGGCGCUCGGUCUUGCGGGCGUCAUCGGGCUUGGCUCAGUGGACCGGCGUCGCGUGCGCGCCGACCUGCGGGCUGCGGCGCUCAUGGCCGACCGAGACCUGUGGCUUAACCGCGACCGCCGCAUAGUGGGGCCGAUACCUGGGAUUGCUGUCGGCGAUGCCUUCUUCUUCCGCAUGGAGUUAUGUGUGCUAGGCCUCCAUGGCCAGGUGCAGGCCGGGAUUGAUUAUCUCUCAGCAGGGCAAUCUGCCUCAGGCGAGCCUAUAGCCACAUCUAUUAUUGUCUCUGGUGGGUAUGAAGAUGAUGAUGAUCGUGGUGAUGUACUGGUGUACACUGGCCAUGGUGGCCGAGACCCCAACCUGCACAAGCAUUGCAUCGACCAGAAGCUUGAGGGUGGCAAUCUUGCCCUCGAGCGAAGCAUGGCCUAUGGUAUUGAGAUUCGUGUAAUCCGUGCAGUCAAGUCUAAGCGCAGCCCUGUUGGAAAGGUCUACUUCUACGACGGCCUCUACAAGGUUGUUGACUACUGGCUCGAUCGCGGGAAAGCAGGCUUUGGUGUUUACAAGUAUAAAAUGAUUCGCAUUGAAGGGCAGGAGCCCAUGGGAUCUGUAAAUUAUCGUGCAGCUGAACAUCUUAAGGUGGAUGCACUAUCUAUGCGACCAACUGGAUACCUGAGCUUUGAUAUUUCCAUGGGUCGAGAGAUCAUGCCAAUUGCACUAUAUAAUGAUGUCGAUGAUGAUAGGGACCCACUCUUAUUUGAGUACCUGGCACGGCCAAUAUUCCCAUCUUCUGCAGUUCAAGGGAAGUUUGCUGAGGGUGGUGGUGGGUGUGGGUGCAUCGAGAAUUGCUCAAUUGGAUGUUAUUGUGCAGAAAGGAAUGGGGGUGAGUUUGCGUAUGAUAAAGCUGGUGUUCUUCUAAGGGGCAAACCACUGCUGUAUGAGUGUGGUCCAUAUUGCCAAUGCCCACCUAGCUGCCCCAACAGGGUUAGUCAGAAGGGGCUUAAGAGUAGGCUUGAGGUGUUCCGGUCAAGGGAAACUGGGUGGGGUGUUCGGUCUCUGGAUCUCAUUAAGUCUGGCACGUUCAUCUGUGAGUUUAGUGGGAUUGUGCUUACUCAUCAGCAGUCAGAGAUAGUGGCAGCCAGUGGUGAUUGUUUGGUGCAUCCGAACAGGUUCCCUUCAAGGUGGUUAGAUUGGGGUGAUAUCUCUGAUGUAUAUCCUGAGUAUGUCGCUCCGAACCAUCCUGCCACUACAGACUUGAACUUCUCGAUUGAUGUCUCAAGGGCAAGGAAUGUGGCUUGUUAUUUCAGCCAUAGUUGCAGUCCAAAUGUAUUUAUUCAGUUUGUGCUGUUUGACCACUACAACGUGUCUUAUCCCCACCUCAUGAUCUUUGCCCUGGAGAACAUUCCGCCCUUGAGGGAGCUAAGCAUUGACUAUGGAAUGAUUGAUGAAUGGGUUGGAAAGUUAACUAUGUAGUCAGUAUCCACUGGAAGGCAAAUUCUUCUUUCAUUUUCCUUUGUGUAACAUUUUCGUAAUGCUUCUCUUGGGGAUCGUCGAGGUGAUUGCUGCUAGAAGUUACUCUGCUGGUUUGACAACUUUGUGUGUGAAGGGUGCUUUUUCAGACAACCUUCAGUAUCGAGCUGUUGAUACCUCACGGUCUGAUAAGCUCAAUAGUGUCUCUUCUGGUAGUGGUGUAGCUUGAGGAAGCAAUGCCUUAGGGACAUGGGGCAAGAAGAAGUACGCAAAAUUCUGUAGGCUGCUCGGAUUUGAGGAUGAUGUGUGACCUCCAUGUGUGAACCUUCUAUUCUGUACUGUGCCCAAAGCUAUGUGUGAGAUUUAUUUGUGAGACCUAAGCUAUGUGUGAGAAUGUUGCAAUGUCU